CAGCCCAAAAGCCUAGCAACUCCAAACCCUAGCAGCUCCCUCACCUCUCUGCUCCCUAUAUAGCUCCCCUUCCUUCGCCUGCCGCCGCCCUCCUUCCCGAGCCGGCGGCGGACAAGGUAAGCAGCAGCAGGAACCCUAGCGCAGCCGCCGCAGCCAUGGGUAUCGACCUCGUUGCCGGCGGGAGGAACAAGAAGACCAAGCGCACCGCACCCAAGUCCGACGAUGUCUACCUCAAGCUCCUCGUCAAGCUGUACCGUUUCCUGGUGAGGAGGACCAAGAGCAACUUCAAUGCCGUCAUCCUCAAGAGGCUCUUCAUGAGCAAGACCAACAGGCCCCCGAUCUCCCUGCGCCGCCUUAUCAAGUUCAUGGAAGGAAAGGAGAAGAACAUUGCUGUGAUUGUUGGUACAGUCACAGAUGACAAGAGGAUCCAAGAGAUUCCAGCAAUGAAGGUUACUGCCCUGAGGUUCACUGAGACAGCGAGGGCAAGGAUUGUCAAUGCUGGUGGGGAGUGCCUCACGUUUGACCAGCUUGCUCUCCGUGCUCCACUUGGGGAGAACACGAUCCUCCUGAGGGGACCCAAGAACGCCCGUGAGGCAGUGAGGCACUUCGGCAAGGCUCCUGGUGUGCCGCACAGCCACACGAAGCCGUACGUGCGCUCCAAGGGAAGGAAGUUUGAGAAGGCGCGUGGCAGGAGGAACAGCCGUGGAUUCAAGGUUUAAGUCGGCCCCCGUUGAUGCUUGUUGCCAUCGGCAUCUUGCAACAGUUGUUCUGUUUGAGCAGUCGACAGUAAUUAGUGUCAGUUUCUGCUGAGAGUAGCACAACUUGUUGUCCUGGUUUGAAUUUUGAAAGAUAAUUUGAAGGAUUCCUGCCAUUAUCCACUGUUUAAGCAAGAACACAAUGUUUUGUUGCA